AUGCCAUCAUGGAUGCCCACCACGGGUAGUGAGACUCAACUCUUGAGUGGGUGCUGCCCUACUUGUGGCACCGACAUCCAGAUACCUUCACCUCCAGAAGAUGAGAGUCCAGCGCUCUCAUCUCCUGCUCCUGGCGUUAUCGUCAACCCGACUCUGUCUGCUACAUUGACUGCCAUUUCCACUAUUCCAGCUGCUCAGGCUCCUUCCACUGCUCCAGAAGUUGGAAGUGCAGCAAGCGCUGGACUCCCUACCUCUGCUCCGGCCGCUCCACUCAAACGGCUUUGGUUCCUCAGACCGCUCCAGUUCACGAGACUGCUGUGGUUUGCGCUACUGCUGCUGGCACAUCUUCCUCGCUGGUACAUUGUCACUGUGGGGCGCGAAACAGGUGUCUUCCAAGGCUGGCACAACAUCCAUCAGCAUGUGAUUGGUGUCCCAGGCGCUUGCUUUGCAUGCCACUUCAGCCUUGCUGCCGCUCAGGCUGCAUAUUCCAAGGCCGUCAACGAUGGUGGGAUCAUGGAGGUGCCGCUCUAG